CUGCUCUCCGCGCCCGCAGGCGCGCGUCCUCUCUACCCAGCAGCCUUCGCGCGGCCGGCACAGGGGACACCAGGACUCCAAGAUGGCGUCAGUCGUACCACUGAAGGAGAAGAGACUGAUGGAUGUCAAAGUGGGGGAGCUGCCAAGCUGGCUCCUGAUGCGGGAUUUCACCCCUAAAGGCAUCGCUGGAGCAUUUCAAAGAGGUUACCACCGGUAUUACAACAAGUACAUCAACGUGAAGAAGGGGAGCAUCGCCGGGGUGAACAUGGUGCUGGCAGCUUACGUGCUUUUCAGCUACUGCCUUUCUUACAAGGAGCUCAAACAUGAGCGGCGACGCAAGUACCAUUGAGAGGCCGAUGUGGAGGGCGCACCCUGCAUUCCUGACCUCAACCUUCCUGGCUCCGCUCCCCUCUGUGAGGAACUGUUGUUGCCGAAUCCUUUCAUACCAUAACUGAGAACUAAUGCCCAAUAAAAGAUGAUGGGUACGUGUG